AUGUCGCUGCCGGGGCUGAGGCAGAGCCCAGGAGCUCCCCCGGCCCUGUCAGCUGCUGCAGGAGGAGGGAGAGGGACCCCAAAUGGAGCACGGCUCCCCUUGAGGCUAUUCUUGUUGGGUGUCCACACAGACACAGGCCCUGUGAGGUCAGCUCAUGAAUAUUGCUUCAUUUUCCUGAGAGGCUCUGGCAGCGGCGGGUACCUCGUGUGCGGUGCCCGGCUCUCCGUGCAUGCAUUUCGCCAGCCGGGCAGCGGACAAAGUGGUGCUGUUCCCGACAGGAAAACCUGCGGAGACGCCGCGUCCCGGCGCCACGUGGCUCUCGGGGCGGCGGCGGAGGAGGCGGAGGACACCGCCGGUGAUGGACGCGUCCCCGAGAUAGCCGCCGCCAUGAGCCAGCCGCCUGCAGGGGGCGCCGCCGCCGCCGAGCCGCGCCUGCAUCCCGAGGGCAGCAGCGGCAGGAAGCAGCCGCGGGCAUCCUCGCCGGCCCGGGCCCGCGACACCGCCCCGCGCCCGCCGCCCAGCGCCGCCAAACCCGCGCUCGCCGCCGCCAAAGCCGCCUCGGCGCGGCCGCCGCCCGGCCAGGCCUCCCGAGCCGCCCGCGGCCGCGGCACCGAGAGGCCGGCACGGGGAGCUGUCCAGCCCGGCGCCGGUGCUGAACCACCGCCCGCCGCCGUCGGGAGAGGAGCGGCCGCCGCCGCCGAGGAGCCGCUGCCGCCGCCGGGCGCCGCCGAGGAGGCGCCCCCUGCAGGGGGCGGCGGGGGCGAGCGGGAGGGGGCGGCGGCGCCGCCGCCCAAGCAGUGGCGGGGGAAAGCGGGGCGGUCCCCGCUGAAGGGCGCGGGGGAGGCGGCCCCGGCGCCUCCAUCUUCCUCGGGCGCGGGGAAGGGCCGCGGUGCGGCGGCGGGCGGCGGCGGGUACUGGAAGGAGGGAUGCCUGCAAAGUGAGCUCAUCCAGUUCCACCUCAGGAAAGGGCUGGCGGCGGCCGCCCAGAUGCAAACCAAGGGCAGCAACCACAGCAGCGGCAGCGCUUCCUCCGCUGCCUCCGCCGCCUCCGCGGCCGCCGCCCCGGCCGAGCCUCCCCCGGCCGCCUCCGCCUCCUCGCCCGCUGCCAUGGCGGCGGCCGGGGCGGAGGGGCUGCGGCAGGGCGAGACGGAAGGCGACGGCAGGAGCUGCGGCCCCGAGGGCGCCCUGAGCCCCCACCUGCAGGAGGAGAUGCAGGAAGAGAUGGAGAAACUGCGGGAAGAGAACGAGAGCCUCAAGAACGAGAUAGAUGAGCUGAGGACAGAGAUGGAUGAGAUGAGGGACAGUUUCUUUGAGGAGGAUGCUUGUCAGCUUCAAGAAAUGCGCCAUGAACUGGAGCGAGCCAACAAGAACUGCCGGAUCCUUCAGUACCGGCUGCGCAAGGCUGAGCGCAAGAGGCUCCGCUACGCCCAGACCGGAGAGAUCGACAACGAGCUCAUACGCAGCAUGGAGCAGGACCUCAAGGUUGCAAAAGAUGUAUCGGUGAGACUUCAUCAUGAGUUAGAAAAUGUGGAAGAAAAACGUACUAUAACAGAAGAUGAAAAUGAAAAAUUAAGACAGCAGCUUAUAGAAGUUGAAAUUGCCAAACAAGCACUACAGAAUGAACUGGAAAAAAUGAAAGAGCAAUCACUGAAAAGGAGAGGAAGCAAAGACCUACCAAAAUCAGAAAAAAAGUCACAGCAGACACCAACAGAGGAUGACAAUGAAGACCUGAAAUGCCAGCUACAGUUUGUCAAAGAAGAAGCAGCCUUGAUGAGGAAGAAAAUGGCUAAAAUUGAUAAAGAGAAAGACAGAUUUGAACAUGAGCUGCAAAAAUACAGAUCAUUUUAUGGGGAUUUGGACAGCCCCUUGCCAAAAGGUGAAGCAGGUGGGCCACCUACCACAAGAGAAGCUGAACUCAAGCUUCGAUUGAGGCUUGUAGAGGAGGAAGCUAACAUUCUCGGGAGGAAAAUAGUGGAACUAGAAGUAGAAAAUAGAGGACUGAAAGCAGAGCUUGAUGAUUUAAGAGGAGAUGAUUUCUCAGGGACCACUAACCCACUCCUGGGUGAACAGAAUGAAUCCCUGUCAGAAUUACGACAGCAUUUGCAGCUAGUAGAAGAUGAAACCGAAUUGCUGAGGAGAAAUGUAGCUGAUUUAGAAGAACAAAACAAACGCAUAACAGCUGAGCUGAACAAAUACAAGUACAAGUCUGGGGCCCAUGAGAGCUCUAGACACCAUGAUAAUGCCAAGACAGAAGCAUUACAGGAGGAGCUAAAAGCUGCACGAAUGCAGAUCAACGAGCUGAGCGGCAAAGUCAUGCAGCUCCAGUAUGAGAACAGAGUCUUAAUGUCCAACAUGCAGCGCUACGACUUGGCCUCUCAUCUUGGAAUCCGUGGCAGCCCUAGAGACAGCGAUGCAGAAAGUGAUGCAGGAAAAAAGGAGAGCGAUGAUGACUCCCGCCCCCCUCACCGCAAAAGGGAAGGUCCCAUUGGAGGGGAAAGUGACUCCGAAGAGGUGCGCAACAUUCGGUGCCUGACGCCCACGAGGUCUUUUUAUCCAACGCCGUCUGGGUGGCAGAAAAGCUUCACUGACAGGCAGCAGAUGAAGGACAUUCGCUCUGAAGCGGAACGGCUGGGCAAGACAAUAGAUCGCUUAAUUUCUGACACGAGCACCAUCAUCACGGAGGCAAGAAUUUAUGUAGCUAACGGGGACCUCUUUGGACUGAUGGACGAAGAAGACGAUGGCAGCAGAAUACGUGAGCACGAGCUUCUGUACCGGAUCAAUGCACAGAUGAAGGCCUUCAGGAAAGAGCUCCAGGCUUUCAUCGACAGACUUGAAGUUCCGAAGUCCUCGGACGAUCGAAGUGCAGAUGAACCUUUGUCAGUGAGUCAGAUGUUCCAGCCUAUCAUUUUACUUAUUCUCAUCCUUGUAUUAUUUUCAUCCCUUUCAUACACAACAAUAUUUAAACUUGUCUUCCUUUUUACACUGUUUUUUGUACUGUAAGUCAUUCAUCAUUUACUGUUCAUUGUAGUGUUAUUUUCAGUUUGUUUAUUUUGUCCGCCCUCAAAGAAAAGAAGUGCAAGAGACAUAGUUUCUGUAAUAGCCGCUGCUGUAAAAACACUGAAGACUACUUGUUUGCCAAAAC